AUGAUCAGUGUUACAGUCACCCAGUGUCUUUCUAAGGCAGUGAAGAAACACGAGUUCUUUGUGGACAUGACCUGCGAAGGCUGCUCCAAUGCUGUCACCCGUGUCCUGCACAGGCUGGGAGGUGUUCAGUUUGAUAUUGACCUGCCCAACAAGAAGGUGUGCAUCGACUCGGAGCACAAUGUUGACACCCUCCUGGAAACCCUAAAGAAGACUGGGAAAAACACUUCCUACCUUGGGGAGAAGUCUGCACAGUAG